AUGAAUACAGUGAAGAAAUUGGCCGGUGGUGGAUCACCACGAAAAAAGAGAGUAGAGAGGGAACAGCCUGAGGGUAUCAUUGUAAAUAAUAUUGAAGAGUUGUCACCUGAAUUAGUACCGAUAGUGACUUUAUUGUCUUCGCAGAGCCACAGAAGGUACCAUGAGGGGAUUUUUAUGUUGUAUUAUGAUUUGAAUGGAGAUGGAAAGCCCGCAGAUAGAGAGUGGAGAGAAGUGUAUGGGAUUUUAACGGGGAAUCAGUUGGGAUAUUGGGAUGCUGCAAAUUUGGUAGCUUUCAAAGAUAAUCCUGAGGGAUUGUUAGAGGCUUCUGCGAAACCCAAGUACAUUAACUUCACUGAUUCAGUUUAUAAUGCAAUGAGAAGCUUACCCGCUGCGAAGCAAAACUUGGACAAUGUUAUAAUAGUGUCGACUACUUUAAAGAACCGAUAUAUUCUUCAGUUCAAAUCGUAUCAUGAUUUGAUUUCAUGGUAUUCUGCCUUAAGAUUAUCUAACUACGAAUACAACUCUUUACAAGGAGCCUAUACUGGUGCGUUAUUGUCUGCCCGGGGCUCUAGGUUAAGUGAUAUUAGGACAAUUUUGGCUGAAAAAAGGUUUGAGCAUGAGGAUUGGGUGAGUAUUAGGUAUGGUUCAGGUAUGGCAUGGACUAGGUGUUUUGCUGUAAUAGAACCUUCGACUUCGAAAAAGAAGAGCUUUCAUCCUGGAAGGGUUUUAUUUUAUGAAAAUGAUCAGAAAAAGAAGAAGAAUUUGAUAGCUGUUGUGACAAAUGCCACGAGUAUAACUGCAAUCUAUCCACAGUCUCAUCAGUUGAUAGAUCAUUCAACAAUGUUAAAACUAGAUGCUUAUGUCAAUUUCAAGUCUCCUUCAUUUUCAACAAAAAUCUCUAAGAAGCAUGCAGAAGAUUUUAAAAAUGCCUCUCUUUUUUUGAUGCCAGAACAACACUCAUCUGUUCCUGGAUUUGAUACCUUGAUAAGGUUUUUGAUUCCUCUUUUUGAUGCAUUUGGAUUAUACGGUCGUCCAAAAAGAUUGAAAGCUGAUAGGAUCGAUCCCGAAUCUUUACUUUUUGGCUUACCGACCUUACCUAGGGUUCAUUACUUGGAUAUAAAUGAUGUCAUACCUAUGACAAAUAGUAGCUCGUUUAUGUCUUGGGAUGCAAAACAAUGGACUACCAACCUAAUGGGUAUAAUGAAAUCAAAACUUGACAGAGGUUAUGAGGGUUGUGGUAGUACUAGAGGUGUUGCAGGUGCAAUUACUUCUUUAAGCAGUCCUUCAAGUACAACUUUUGAAUCCUCAAAAUCUUCAAAAUCCUUAAAGUCUCAAAAUAUCAAUAAAUUUAGUGGUGAAACUGAAUCUACGUAUUCAAUCCCACCAUCCGAUAGCAUUAGCGAAGUGCAGCUGAAGUCGUUACCAAAGAGGAGGCCUGCACCGCUAGCGUCUACAAAUAAUACUUUAAAGAUGCCCUCUGACAAGGAGGAGGCACAUAAAUCAGUUCAGUUGGCUGAUAUAUAUCAAAAGUACUCUACUUUAAGGAGUCCUUCCGAUCAAUUCCACAGCAAUAGAAAUAAUUUGUUGAAUGGAUCUCACGAGAAGCUAAUUGAAGAUGAAUUACCAGAAAAUUUCCGUCAAUUGGAUUUGGGACCUGAUGCUGGAAUGUACCCAACAAAUGAUGAUAAUCUUUUUAGCGAAGAUGAGGAUGAAGAUACAAAUAGUGAGAUAAGGUCUAGUAACUUAGUUCCUCCGGCUGAAAAUGCGUAUAGUAAUAGAAACAGCAGCUACUCCUCAGUUCAAUCGCCAAUGACGCAAUAUCAUGAAUUUAACCAGCAGCUCAAUAGCAGUCUAGACCGCGGUAUUCGAAAUGAUGACCUUACUGGUGACUUUUCAAGUGACGGUCUGCUGUCGUCGUUACCACCACCGCCUCCACCUCACCAAUCCUUCGAUUAUCGAGAGAAGAAUAAAGAAACACAGAUAGGUAAAUCGCAACCAUCUUUGAAUUUAUCAGAAAGCAUCAACAGUGUUCCCCAAGGGAAAACAGGACUUCAUGCUACUCAAAACUCUUUGGAUGAACAUUCGAUACACUCAGAAAUUGGUAAGCUAACUAGUGGUGGCUCGUCUCCAUAUUCUCAUAAGUCAAGUGAAUCAUCGAAAAACCAGUAUCAAAGCUAUGAUUACCCACCUUCACAAUCGCAGUCGCAACUGCAACCUCAACAGUUGCAACAAUUACAGCCUCAACAACUAUAUCAAGGACAACAACCGACGGUAGUCACUUCCUCCCGAGAACAUCGUCAUCUUCGCCAGGAACCUCAAAAGAAGUGGCCGCUUGAGUCACAUGGGUUUAACCAAAAUCCCCCUAUGAAUCCUUCAUAUGAUCAAGUUCCAAAGCAUAUCUUGUCUCCUAAUUCUAGCCAAAAUCAUCAAGCCGAGAAAGAACCGAGUUCACAAGGUGUUCCUCCAGUAAUAGGGUAUCAGCAACAUGUGCCUCAGUAUCAGAAAGUGACGAUGAGACCGUACCCUCCUCCAUCUGCGCAGCCGAACGCACCACGUAACCCCCAGGCUCCUCCUCAGCAACAAAUUUAUCCUCAGUCACUGCAGUUUGGUUAUACUGCACAGGUUAAAUCUUCUAAGCUGACGCCAAACCAGGAUCCAAGGCAUGGUAACCAUGGAAUGCAACCAAAUUAUCCCACGGCUGGUCCUGGACAUAUGCAAAUGAUGCCUAAUGGGUCUAUGCCUAUGGUAUCUUCCGGGCCCCAUCCUCAAUAUGGACACCAAAGACCAGCUCAAAAUUACAGUCCAGCUGGACCACAGCAACCCCCAGGUGAUCAUCCUUACAGAAACUUUCAGAGAGGCCCACCACCACCACAAAAUACUAUCAACAUGAGAAGUUACGAGCAAACCCUGAAUCCACAUGUUUAUUAUCAAGCAGGUAUUCCUCCAAGUAUAAACCUUACUAAAUCCUCUCCUCAGAGUCCUCAAGGUAGUACAAAUAAACAGCAGGAUUACAGAAAUUAUCAGAAUGGAGAUGUGAAUCGGUAUUAA